CAGCAGACAGCGUGAGAAGAAAAAAAAAGAUCCUUUGACGUCAGCCACGUUAGAAUUCAGCAGUCCAAGAUGGCGGAGGUGAGAGAGUUGAGGAGCAGGAAUCACACCGAGCACCACUGCAAAAGUCGAGUCAACGACGAAGGCCUUAGCAGUGUGGAAGAUGUCCCCAAUUUUCAGAAUACGAAUUGGCCUCCUUCAGUUAGGCCUGAAGACAUGGGGGCAAAAGUGCUUCCCAGGAUCCAGCCCUUAAACUCAGGCAAAAACGCGCUCCUGACUCCCUCACCUGAAGAAGAAAUUCAGGAAGAAGAGGAGGCUUGUGUUGAAGAAGAAAAGGCCAGACCGAUCCAGAUUGUCCUGGCCAAUGAGGAUGAGCACAGCUUUGAGCUAGAUGUCACAGCGUUGGAGAAGGUCCUGCUGCAGGAUCACGUGAAGGACCUGAAUGUGGUGGUUGUGUCUGUGGCCGGGGCCUUCCGCAAAGGCAAGUCCUUCUUGCUGGACUUCAUGCUGCGCUACAUGCACUCUCAGGGUGACUCGUGGAUAGGAGGUGAUGAUGAGCCCCUGACAGGCUUCACCUGGAGAGGAGGCUGUGAGAGGGAGACCACAGGAAUUCAGAUCUGGAGCGAAGUCUUUGUGGUCGACAAGCCUGAUGGCAGCAAGGUCGCUGUGCUCCUGGUUGACACUCAGGGAGCUUUUGACAGCCAGUCUACCAUUAAAGACAGUGCUACAGUGUUCGCCCUCAGCACAAUGACCAGCUCUGUGCAGGUGUACAAUCUCUCUCAGAACAUACAGGAGGAUGACUUGCAGCACCUGCAGCUUUUCACUGAAUAUGGCCGGCUGGCGAUGGAAGAGAUCUCCCAUAAACCUUUCCAGUCCUUGAUGUUCCUGAUAAGGGACUGGAGUUAUGCUUAUGAACACGACUACGGACUGCAAGGAGGUAACAUCUUCCUCGAGAAACGUUUACAGGUGAAACAGCACCAGCACGAGGAGCUGCAGAAUGUAAGGAAGCACAUCUACUCCUGCUUCUCCAACAUCGGCUGCUUCCUGCUGCCACACCCAGGCCUCAAGGUGGCCACCAACCCGUACUUUGACGGCAGGCUGAAAGAGAUCGAUGGGGAUUUUAAGAAGUAUCUGGCCAAGCUGGUGCCUCUCCUGCUGGCUCCAGACCGACUGGUGGAGAAGGAGAUUGGAGGAAACAAAGUGACCUGCAGAGAUCUGCUGGAGUACUUCAAGUCGUACAUAAAGAUCUACCAAGGGGAGGAACUGCCUCACCCAAAGUCCAUGCUGCAGGCGACAGCAGAAGCCAACAACCUGACUGCUGUGGCGGGAGCCAAAGACAUGUACAGCAAGAGCAUGGAGCAGGUCUGUGGUGGGGAUAAGCCAUACAUUGCCCCAACUGACCUGGAACGCUGCCACGGGGAGUUUCGCGAGCACUCGGUGCGUUUCUUUCGCUCAGUUAAGAAAAUGGGCGGCGAGGAAUACUGCCAGCGCUACCAGAGCCGGCUGGAGACCGAGCUGGACGAAUCCUACGUCCACUUCUCCAAACAAAACGACGGCAAGAACAUCUUCUACGCAGCACGCACGCCCGCUACACUUUUCGCAGUCAUGUUUGUCACCUACAUCGUGUCCGGCGUGACGGGCUUCAUCGGUCUGAGCACCUUCGCAUCCCUGGCUAACCUGCUGAUGGGCGUGGCUCUGAUGUCUCUCUGCGCCUGGGCGUACGCGAAAUACUCUGGAGAGUUUCGGGAGGUGGGGACAAUGAUAGACCAGGUGGCUGAGACACUCUGGGAACAGGUUUUGAAGCCAUUAAGUGAGAAUUAUAUGGAAGACAACGUCAGACAGACGGUGAUCAACUCCAUCAAAGCAAGCUUGACAGAACAGGGCUCGCAGCACACCAAGUUAAAGACUCAAUGAUGCUCCUCCUCGUGCAUGCAUCUCCCUCGUUGUGUUCAUCAGCCUCCUGCCCACUUGUUCAAUCUGUUCAAUCCUUCAACUGUGGAACUACAUCAACACCAAAGCUUUUCCCUCUCCUCCCACGUCACUGCCCCUUCUUCAUUUGCUGUAAUGGACCUGUAGGCUUGCCGUCUGUGUUGCUCUUCAUCGCCCCCCCCAGUGCCUCAGAGCAGAAACUGCAUGUUCAGGAGAGGACCGUGUAGAGAAGCCAAAACAGGAGCUUAAAAGACUGUCAUCUCCUCCAGUGUGCCAUGCUGUGAUAGACACACGUUGUGUUGUGGUGCGUAUUGUAGACACGUUGACCUGUUUGCUGCAUCGCUUCAGGAUCAAGCUGUAAUUCAGGGAAAACUGACACAGCUGUAAGCAGCUGGAACAACAAUGAAUGCAAAUUUAAAAGCUGACUUAUGUGCAUUUAUUUGUUUUGUCUCGCAAGCUAGACAGUUCAGUUUACUUUUCUUCUGUUUGUUAACCCUUCCCACGAGCACAGACGACAAGUCGAUUCAGAAAUCGUGUGAUUGUGACCCUGGUGAGAUCUGUAGGAAGCCAAGCGCCUCUCAUCUGGUGUUUGUUUUUAAUGUAGAACAGAUGUGCUUUUUAAAAAGUGAUCUAACCUUUAGCGUCUCGUAGCAGACCUGCAGGUGUAUGGCUCUCUUCAUUGAGUCACUCGGUUAUAGCAUUGAGCUAGCUUAGAGCUUUUAGAGCCAGGCCUGUCUUCGUUCUCAUGUUGAGACAUUUCUCUCCUCUGCUGCCUUUCAUUAAAGAGACACUAGCUGUUUUUUUUUAGAAGCCUCUAGCUUUUGCUGUGUUAGCAAUACAAAUCUUUAAUCUCAGUUUCUCUCAUGGGAAAGUUUUUCACAUUUUGGAAAAUACGCUCAUUGCUUUCUUGUAGGGAGUAAGAUAAGGAAAUGAAUACACCUCAUGUGGAGGGAAGAUGUAGCUAAAGCCAGCAGCUAAUCUGGUUCAUUUAGUUUACGGUCUUUUUGCCUAGCUAAGAUAGCUUUAUGAUUAGCCAGCAGACAUAAAAGCAUUGCAAUCAUCUAGUCCAUCGCCCAGCAAGGGAGUAUAUAAAGACAUAUCACUUUAAAUGUUUCAGAUGAUUUCAUACACUGACAAGAAAUGUUUCUCCUGUCUUCUCCAGUUGUAAAACUGUAAAUCACGUUGUUUUCUGUGUAGCAGGAGAUAUUUGUUCACCAUCGACUUCAUUACUGUCUGACUGUUUCGGUUUUGAUUCCAUCCAAAUGAUUUCUCACCUCAAAUGCCAGUCUCAUACUGUACAGUUUCUUACUGACCUUUCCUAACACAUUACAACAAAUCGGGCAUGUAAGUUGGAUUAAAUAUUUAAAUAAACUUUGAGUACGUUUUAUAGUGAAUCAGUUGACAUUGGCUAUUUUUGUUUCUGUUGAUCAGCUUAACAGUCUGGUUCUUUUAAAGAGAAGUUGCUGCUGUAGGGUUUACACUAGUUCUGUCCCUCUCAUGAGGACACGUUCAUAGAAACAUGUGAUGUGAAUACUUUGUGACGGGCUGGUUGGAGACAAUGUCUGUCUGCCUUUUAAAGAUAUCUCUGGUAAUUUAUUUUUGAAUAAACUGUAUAUCUUAAGAAUGAAUCAUCAAUACAAACCUUUAGACUCCUU